AUGAGGAAAUCACUGAAAAUUGCAAUAGAUUCUUCUCCGAACAACGAUAAAGAAAAAGAUCGGUUAAGCAAUCUUCCAGAGGAUAUAGUGUGUCAGAUUUUGUCACAUGUUGAUACAUCAAUUGCAUGCAGAACAAGCGCCCUGUCAAAAGAUUGGAAUCGCAGAUCAGUUUGGACCAUGCUUCCAGAUCUUUCCUUCCAUUACUGGUCUCCAUUAUAUUCACCAGAUUACUACAGAGGAUUUAACGAAUUCGUGAACAAAGCUUUAGAUUCACGCAAAGGAAAACACAUCAGAAAAUUCCACUUACAUUUUCCUAGUGAAGGCAGGAGUUUCCGGCCAUCGGACUUCCAGAAGUGGAUCUCCGGCGCCAUUGAAUGCGCUGCCGAAGAGAUCAAUAUUGAGUUGAAUAGAGAUCCAUGUUUCCACCAGAUCGAGUUACCUUUGACGGUUUUCAGUUCGGCCACUCUCACGUCCUUGAAAUUAUAUGGUCAUAUUAGUAUCUUCGCUACGAAUUCCCCUGUGUGGUUACCGAAGCUCAAGAUUUUAGAUCUGUCAACGCAUCCAUGUCAGGGGUGCGGUAUGGAGGCCGAAAGACUUGUGAACAGUUUCUUGUCUAAUUGUCCUGUUCUUCAAGAAUUUUAUCUCAAUGGAGAGUGGAAUAUGAUGAGCAUAGUUCGAGCGCCUUAUACAUUGAAGAAGCUCAAUGUACAUGUUGAUAACUUUGUGAAUGAUUCGUUUGAGAUAGAUGCUCCAUCUCUUGAAUUUUUUUGCCUUCAACAAUCUUCUCCUGUUCGGUAUGUGAUUAUGAACUUGAACAAUGUGGUUGCAGCACGCCUCUCAAUUCUCUUUGAAUUCAUCAGUGAUAGAAGCUGCUUAUUUGAUCUUUUUCAAGGACUCUCUAAUGUCAAAUACUUGUAUUUGAAUAUUCAGUAUCGUGAACUUCAUGGACUUCCCGUCAUUAAUAAAAAUCUUCCUGCUGAUGAUCGUGAUGAUCGUCUUCCUCAAUUUCCCAAUUUGCUUUGUUUAUAUUUCGAUGGUUCUUCUAACAUGGAUUUGCUGCCAAGCUUUCUUCAGAAGUCACCCAAUCUUGAAACUUUCAUAAUUCAGGUUAAGGGGCCUCAAGAUAAAUGGCAAUUAAAUUCCUUUUGUGUGAAGAGCCCACAAGAUAAACAAGAAUAUGCAGAAGCUUACAAGCAUGCAUGGGGUCGCUGA